CCGGGUUGUUUCCGGUUCUCCAGUAGCAGCACGCGUGUAGAAACAAACCCAACAGCUCAGAAACUAACCGGAGCAGAAAGGUCCCGGUUCCGUCAUCAUGGGUCCGCCUCGCUCGAAGAAGCGUCGUCCGACGUUCCGCCGCCUGCUGAAGACGAGCGGCGUGAAGCUGGAGAACAAACUGAAGAACCGAACCAUGAAGCAGCAGAACGUUGCUAAGAAACAACGAAAGGAACAAAAGAAGCUGAGACAGGCGGUGAAGGACGCCUCCAUCAGGACGCCACGGCCGCUGGAGACCUACAAGAAGAGACCAGAGGAAGAGCACGAUGAGGAAGACUUCCUGGAGACGCUGCCCACCGACAUGAUGGAGGAACAAGACCUGCAGGACAUUACAUCCAUGGCCCAGAGAGCAUCGUUCAUCACCAGAGACCUGUCGUCAUGCGGGCCGGUCCACAGCGGGAAAAAGAGGAAGUCAGAAGUCGUUCGGAGCUUCGAGAAGAUUCCCAGAAAACUUCAGAAGGUUGAAGAGAAGGAAGUGAUUCACCUGCUGCCCAUCAAAGAUAAGACCCGCCUCAUCCCCCAGAGCCUGGAGAGAGUUAAACAGCAGCAGCAGGAGGAAGAGGAGGAGGAAGAGGAGGAGCAGCAGGAGGAGCAGUUAGAUAACGAGGGGGAGGAGCAGAGCCUGGAACAGCUGACGGAGGAGCAGAGGGAGGAACUCCGAGUCCAGAAGAUCAACGACAAGAAACUUCACAUCGCAGCGCUGGCGUCUGCUGUGAUCUCUGAGCCCAACGCUAACAUAAAGCGUGUGAAGGAGCUGAGGGGUCUGCUGAUGGAGACUGACCCGUGUGUAGCAGUGACCGUCAGGAAGCUGGUGAUGGUUUCUCUGAUGGAGAUCUUCAAAGACAUCACACCUACAUACAGGAUCCGACCUUUGACCCCCGCUGAGAAGGCUGCUAAGGUGAAGAAAGACACGCAGCAGCUCAGAGAGUUUGAGGAAGGUUUAGUCAGUCAGUACAAAUUCUACCUGGAAGACCUGGAGCAGACUGUCAAAGACUGGAAGCAGCAGAAGAAGAAGCGUAGUCAGGCAGUGAGCUUCUCUUCGUAUCUCUCUCUGGCUGAAGUAGCCGUUCGUUGUCUGUGUGAGCUGCUGCUCGCUCUGCCUCACUUCAACUUCCACAACAACAUCAUCGUGGUUCUGGUGCCGCUGAUGAACGACCCGGCCAGCAAGGUAUCAGGAAUGUGCUGUGAUGCGUUCAGGAAGCUCUUCCAGCAGGAUAAACUGGGCGGAGCCUCGUUGGCGGUGGUGCGGGUCAUCUCCGGCCUCGUCAAGCGGCUCAACUACAACGUCAGACCUGAGGUGCUCAUGACGCUGCUCAGUCUCAGGAUUAAAGAGGUGGACAUGAAGAAGGACAUCGAUGCCACGGCACCAAAGAAGAAGUUCAUGAACAACAAAGAGAAGAGGAAACACCUGUCCAGGAUGCAGCGGAAGUGGAAGAAGGCGGAGGAGAAGUUGGAGAAGGAGCUGAUGGAGGCCGAAGCUUCAGAGAGUAAAGACAGGAAAAUCAAACUGCACACAGAGACUCUGAACAUCGUCUUCCUCAUCUACUUCAGGAUUUUAAAGAAAGCUCAAAAAUCUGUUUUACUUCCUGCUGUGCUGGAGGGACUGGCCAAGUAUGCUCACCUCAUCAACAUGGAGUUCUUUGAUGACCUGCUCAACGUCCUGCAGAGUCUCAUCCUAUCAGGAGGUCUGACCAAUCGGGAGAGUUUGCACUGCAUCCAGACUGUCUUCAUCAUCCUAUCAGGACAAG